CGAUAUAUCGGCCUUGUUUUUCACAAAUUUUGAACUAUCGGUAUCGGCUAAUUUUACCGAUAGUUAUCGGCUAAUCACGUGACUGCCAAAGUGUCAAAAUUGCGCCGGGAAAGCAGUUUUAUCGCUUGUUUAAUUCGAGAGCGGUUCUGCGUGAAACUCUUUUUCUUCACUAUUUCUAUUUCUCUCCUAUCAAAAGCGGUUUCACGGACGAUUGCGACACGGGAUUUCACACUUUGCAAGCAAGUUUGCAGCGUGGUGGCUUACAAAUCGAAGCGAUAGAACACGUGAACGGCUUAUUUGUGUCAAAUAAUAUACGCUAGAUUAAAUAGAGAAUUUUCGCGUAGUUUACACGGCGCUUGAUUUCCCUUGCGCUUUAGUUGUUGAAGGUUGCCGGGAAAGCAGUUUUAUCGCUUGUUUAAUUCGAGAGCGGUUCUGCGUGAAACUCUUUUUCUUCACUAUUUCUAUUUCUCUCUUAUCAAAAGCGGUUUCACGGACGAUUGCGACACGGGAUUUCACACUUUGCAAGCAAGUUUGCAGCGUGGUGGCUUACAAAUCGAAGCAAUAGAACACGUGAACGGCUUAUUUGUGUCAAAUAAUAUACGCUAGAUAGAGAAUUUUCGCGUAGUUUACACGGCGCUUGAUUUCCCUUGCGCUUUAGUCGUUGAAGGUAUUAUUUAACUUCUUGUAUUGGUAUGUUAUAGAUGGCUGGUUCUAGCGGUAAGAGCAAAGUAUGGGAAUACUUUGUAUGCCACAGUGAUGGUGUACUUUGUAAAAUAUGCUCAUCAUUGUUAAGUCAAGGUUCCGCCGAUUCCAAAAAGAAAAACACCAGUAAUUUGUGGAGUCAUCUCAGAUCGAAACACAAGAGCAAGUAUGAUGAGAUUUCGCAGACGCAGUUAACGCGAAAAAGGCCAGCUGAAGCUUCCCAGUUUAAUCGGCAACCUUCAUGGGAACACAUAUUGGAUAAAUUUAAUAAAUGGCAUGGAAAUGACGCAAGAACGAAAUCACUUGAUAAUAUAAUAAUGGAGAUGAUAGCCACUGACAACAGGCCAUUUGCAAUAGUGCAAGAUGAUGGAUUCCGCAGGCUAAUAGAAACCAUUGAACCUCGCUACGCCCUAAAGACUGAGAAGUAUUUCAGAACAGAAAUGCUGCCACAAAUAUAUGAACUUGUGAGCCAGAAAAUAAUGACUCUUCUCGUGACAGAAAAUGCUGGCGUUGAAAAUCGCUAUUCUUAAAAAAACUUAGUGAUGCACAAAUUUGCAUUUUUUUAUAAUCAUUGCAUGAGUUUCAACAUUUAUUUCUUUUGCAAGAAAAACACAGAAUUCUCAGAGUGUUGUUUGUUACUUGUAGCAAUUUUUUUAUGUGAAGAAACAUCGGUAUCGUUAUCGGCCUAGUUUUGGAAAACUAGCAGUACCGGUAUCGGUUCAGAAAGGCAGUAUCGG